AACAAACUUGCUGCCUUGCGCAGCUUCGUUUGACCUCCGAGCACUCUCCCUAUAAUUUUUUACCAACACAUCUUCAACGAACCCUACAAGUCUAGAUUUCUCCUCGUCACGACAACUCUGCAAGGCUAUAGAAAAUGUCCGACUUCGACGCCCUCCUCACCGAGUAUACCGCGAAAGAAAACCCCAAGGUACACGGAGUAAUAUGCAAAUGCAUAGAUAAAAAUGGAAAUGAAAUCUACAAUAAAAUAGCCGGUUACAACUCCCUCUCCGCAGACGCCUCACCUCUGGACGAAUCCGCCGUCCUCAAACUCGCCAGCGCCACGAAACUCAUCACCAGCAUCGCACUCCUCCAAUGCAUCGAAAAAGGCCUCCUCACCCUGGACUCACCCCUCACCAACAUCCUGCCCGAGUUCGCCGACGUCCAAAUCCUCACCGACGUCUCGGGAUCGGACUUCACCUUCGAGCCGAGCAAAACCCCAAUUACGGCGCGACAUCUUCUGGCUCAUACUUCUGGAUUAGGAUAUCCGUUUACGAAUCGACUACUGGGUCUGAGGGCACAGGCUAGAAAGGAUACUAAACCUUCGUUCCGCGUUACGGCGAAAUAUGAGUAUCCGUUAGUGUUCGAACCGGGGAAUGGUUGGUUAUACGGCUGUAGCCUAGACUGGGCCGGCGUGGUUGUGAGUCGACUACACGAUGGAAUGUCCUUAGAGGAGUACAUGAUAGAGAACAUCUGGAAGAAAGUAGGCCUUUCAGCUCCCUUCCCACGAUUCAACAUCUCAACGCACCCCGAAUACAACGCACGGAUAAUGCAUGGCGCCGUCCAAACCAACGACGGACGAUUGGAGCCCUACGAUAGCUGGCCAUUCGAUAACCCCGAAGAUCAAGAGGGUGGUAGCGGUCUUUCCUCCACUGCGAAAGACUUUCUUGCCGUGUUGGCAGAUUUGAUCUCGGAGUCCCCGAAGCUGUUGAAACCGGAGACUAUCGCGGAGAUGUUUACGCCGCAGCUUGUGCCUGGUUCAGCCAGUGUGAAAAUGCUCUUGGAGUUACGGCCUGCGUGGGCGAUUGUUGCUGGGCCUGUGGCGAAUGAUGCUGUGAAUCACGGGUUGGGUGGUGCGUUAUGUACUGGACCGGUGGCUGAGAUAGGGCAACCUGGAAAUGUGCUGGCGUGGGGUGGAGCGACUAAUAUUGUGUGGUGGGUGAGUCGGGAGUUGGGCGUUGCGGGCUUCUUUGCGACGCAGCAGGCUCCAUUUGGGAAUCCGACGGUGACGAGGCUUGUUAAUGCUUGGAAGAGGGAUUUUUGGAUGGGGUUUAAUCAGGUGAAUCAUGUCUAGGUAGGGUUUCCUUAACUCGGAGUAUUUCUUGGAAUGACAUUCAAGAAGCUAUGAGCUCUUUACACAAUGCAAAUUGGUAAUGCUGAAA